CAUUCUCCCUCCGCUUCAGAUUAAAGGGGGGGAGGGAAAAGGAGCUCGGCCGCCAUUUUCCCAGUGCCGCCGCCACCGCCGCCACCGCUUGCCGAGCCGGCGGGAGAACCGAGCACCGUAGCGAAGCCGACUCGUCUCGCCGCGGCGGCGCGGGGGGCGGCUGAAGCGCGCUCCCGGGCUGGAAAGAGGCGGCCGGGGGUGGCGGCCUGGGUGCGGGUUCGGGCUGCAGACGGCGGUGCUUGUUUGUGCGGGGCGGGGGGGCGGCUUCACUCUCUGCCCCCGCCCGCCCGCCCUCCCGGCCGGGCUGCGGUCUCCGGUCGUGCUCGGGCCCCGUCGGUGCGGAGGAAGGCCGGGAAAGGGCCCGAAAGAGAAGAAAAAGCAGCCGCUCCCCGCCGCCGCCUUCCCCUCCCCCUCCGCCUCGCCCCCCCCGCCCGGAAAGUCAGGGCGGCUCCGGGCGUCGGGGGGAGGAGAGCGGCGGGCCCGGGCCGGAGCCGCCGCCGCGCGCCCCCGCCCGCCGCUGGCCCUCGGCGCCCAGGCCGGGGGGCUGUUUGCAAACUGCGCCCAUUUUGUGGGGCUGAAUCCGCCCGGGCUACGCUCCUCCAUCACGUGUCUGUUCUCUGGGGAGGCAGUAAGGGGCCGUGGAGCUGGCCUCGGCCUCGGCAUCGGGAGAGGCUGGACUUCCUGUCUCUCUGUGCUGAAUGGCUGCGAUGGCGCCCGCUCUCACUGACGCAGCAGCUGAAGCACACCAUAUCCGGUUCAAACUGGCUCCCCCAUCCUCUACCUUGUCCCCUGGCAGUGCCGAAAAUAACGGCAACGCCAACAUCCUUAUUGCUGCCAACGGAACCAAAAGAAAAGCCAUUGCUGCAGAGGAUCCCAGCCUAGAUUUCCGAAAUAAUCCUACCAAGGAAGACUUGGGAAAGCUGCAACCACUGGUGGCAUCUUAUCUCUGCUCUGAUGUAACAUCUGUUCCCUCAAAGGAGUCUUUGAAGUUGCAGGGGGUCUUCAGCAAGCAGACAGUCCUUAAAUCUCAUCCUCUCUUAUCUCAGUCCUAUGAACUCCGAGCUGAGCUGUUGGGGAGACAGCCAGUUUUGGAGUUUUCCUUAGAAAAUCUUAGAACCAUGAAUACGAGUGGUCAGACAGCUCUGCCACAAGCACCUGUAAAUGGGUUGGCUAAGAAAUUGACUAAAAGUUCAACACAUUCUGAUCAUGACAAUUCCACUUCCCUCAAUGGGGGAAAACGGGCUCUCACUUCAUCUGCUCUUCAUGGGGGUGAAAUGGGAGGAUCUGAAUCUGGGGACUUGAAGGGGGGUAUGACCAAUUGCACUCUUCCACAUAGAAGCCUUGAUGUAGAACACACAACUUUGUAUAGCAAUAAUAGCACUGCAAACAAAUCUUCUGUCAAUUCCAUGGAACAGCCGGCACUUCAAGGAAGCAGUAGGUUAUCACCUGGUACAGACUCCAGCUCUAACUUGGGGGGUGUCAAAUUAGAGGGUAAAAAGUCUCCCCUGUCUUCCAUUCUUUUCAGUGCUUUAGAUUCUGACACAAGGAUAACAGCUUUACUGCGGCGACAGGCUGACAUUGAGAGCCGUGCCCGCAGAUUACAAAAGCGCUUACAGGUUGUGCAAGCCAAGCAGGUUGAGAGGCAUAUACAACAUCAGCUGGGUGGAUUUUUGGAGAAGACUUUGAGCAAACUGCCAAACUUGGAAUCCUUGAGACCACGGAGCCAGUUGAUGCUGACUCGAAAGGCUGAAGCUGCCUUGAGAAAAGCUGCCAAUGAGACCACCACUUCAGAGGGACUUAGCAACUUUCUGAAAAGCAAUUCAAUUUCAGAAGAAUUGGAGAGAUUUACAGCUAGUGGCAUAGCCAACUUGAGGUGCAGUGAACAAGCAUUUGAUUCAGAUGUCACUGACAGUAGUUCAGGGGGGGAGUCUGAUAUUGAAGAGGAAGAACUGACCAGAGCUGAUCCUGAGCAGCGCCAUGUACCCCUGAGACGCAGGUCAGAAUGGAAAUGGGCUGCAGACCGGGCAGCUAUUGUCAGCCGCUGGAACUGGCUUCAGGCUCAUGUUUCUGACUUGGAAUAUCGAAUUCGUCAGCAAACAGACAUUUACAAACAGAUACGUGCUAAUAAGAUUGAGUCUGUUUCUCAGCCAUUGGAAAACCAUGGUGCCCCUAUUAUUGGUCAUAUUUCAGAGUCACUGUCUACCAAAUCAUGUGGAGCACUCAGACCUGUCAAUGGAGUUAUUAACACUCUUCAGCCUGUCUUGGCAGACCACAUUCCAGGUGACAGCUCUGAUGCUGAGGAACAAUUACAUAAGAAGCAACGACUGAAUCUUGUCUCUUCGUCAUCUGAUGGCACCUGUGUGGCAGCCCGGACACGUCCUGUACUGAGCUGUAAGAAACGGAGGCUUGUUCGACCCAACAGCAUCGUUCCUCUUUCCAAGAAGGUUCACCGGAACAGCACAAUCCGCCCUGGCUGUGAUGUGAAUCCCUCCUGUGCACUGUGUGGUUCAGGCAGCAUCAACACCAUGCCUCCCGAAAUUCACUAUGAAGCCCCUCUGUUUGAACGUCUUUCCCAGUUGGACUCUUGUGUUCACCCUGUUCUAGCAUUUCCAGAUGAUGUUCCCACGAGCCUGCAUUUCCAGAGCAUGCUGAAAUCUCAGUGGCAGAACAAGCCUUUUGACAAAAUCAAACCUCCCAAAAAGUUAUCGCUUAAGCACAGAGCACCCAUGCCAGGCAGUCUGCCAGAUCCAGCUCGUAAGGACAGGCACAAAUUGGUCAGCUCCUUCCUAACAACAGCCAAGCUGUCCCAUCACCAAACCCGGCCUGACAGGACCCACAGGCAGCACUUAGACGAUGUGGGGGCCGUGCCCAUGGUGGAGCGAGUGACAGCGCCAAAAGCAGAGCGCUUGCUCAACCCACCGCCACCCGUGCAUGACCCAAACCACAGCAAAAUGAGAUUGCGAGACCAUUCAUCUGAGAGAAGUGAAGUGUUGAAGCAUCACACAGACAUGAGCAGUUCGAGCUACUUGGCAGCCACCCACCAUCCUCCACACAGUCCCUUGGUGCGACAGCUCUCCACCUCCUCAGACUCCCCUGCACCCGCAAGCUCUAGCUCACAGGUUACAGCCAGCACAUCGCAGCAGCCAGUAAGGAGGAGAAGAGGAGAGAGCUCAUUCGAUAUUAACAACAUUGUCAUCCCAAUGUCUGUUGCUGCAACAACUCGCGUAGAGAAACUGCAAUACAAGGAAAUCCUUACUCCCAGCUGGCGGGAGGUUGAUCUUCAGUCUCUGAAGGGGAGUCCUGAUGAGGAGAAUGAGGAGAUUGAGGACCUAUCCGACGCAGCCUUCGCCGCCCUGCAUGCCAAAUGUGAGGAGAUGGAGAGGGCACGGUGGCUGUGGACCACGAGUGUGCCACCCCAGCGGCGGGGCAGCAGGUCCUACAGGUCAUCAGACGGCCGGACAACCCCCCAGCUGGGCAGUGCCAACCCCUCCACCCCCCAGCCUGCCUCCCCUGAUGUCAGCAGUAGCCACUCUUUGUCAGAAUACUCCCAUGGUCAGUCCCCUAGGAGUCCCAUUAGCCCGGAACUGCACUCAGCACCCCUCACCCCUGUGGCUCGGGACACUCUGCGACACUUAGCCAGUGAGGAUACCCGUUGUUCCACGCCAGAGCUGGGGCUGGAUGAACAGUCUGUCCAGCCCUGGGAACGGCGGACCUUCCCCCUGGCACACAGUCCCCAGGCGGAGUGUGAGGACCAGCUGGAUGCACAGGAGCGAGCAGCCCGCUGCACUCGACGCACCUCAGGCAGCAAGACUGGCCGGGAGACAGAGGCAGCGCCCACCUCGCCUCCCACUGUCCCCCUCAAGAGUCGGCAUCUGGUGGCAGCAGCCACAGCUCAGCGCCCGACUCACAGAUGAGCGGGAGACAGGCAUCUAAACAGACUCACUAACUAUUGGCAUUAAAGCUUCAGAAAUCUCUGCGUUUGAUAUUCAAACAUCAUAUGCCGGAAAUUUUCACAGUUUUUAGUGAACUUAAGGAAUUUAGAUCCUACUUUGGUAUUUUUUUUUUCUUGUUUUAAUUUUUGUUUUGUUUUUGUUUCCAUGUUUUCUUGUCACACACCUGAGCACUUCCUCCUGUUGGCAAACAAGUUCAGGAUGAGACCCUGCUGGCCUGGUCCUGGCACAUCCUCUGCACUGUUGAAUCACUGGACUUACCGAUCUUAGAUGACCACCCCCUCCCUCACACCUGUGGGCAGGGCAGAACAGCCUGGCGGGCAGAGGGCUGCAGUUGAGCAUGGCCUUCUUGAGCUAGGGUGGAAUGGGGCAGGGUGCUCUGGACUCUUACCCCCUCCCCUCCCAUCUGUGGCUUGGCUCCGCUGUGGCCCUCCUGGCUGGGUCCCCUUGGUUUUUUGUGCUGGAACAUCCCCACCAGAGCCUCUCUGCCGUAACUGCCAGCUGCUCUCCCCAAGUGCUCAGCCGGCAGAACAGCUUUCCUUUCUCGCCCAGAACUUAAGACCGAUUUUUUGUUUCAUCUGCAUUUGGUCUUCUCUGUUUUGACUCUUUCACUGCAGUAACCUGGCUGUGGCUGCUCAGGUGCCCCUCAUCAUGCCCCUUGGUACCCUUCCCUGUCUGCUCUCCCAUGCCAUGUACACACCCACAACCCGUCCUUCCACUUGGAAUGUUUUUACCACCUGUCCUGAUCUUUGAAGGUAGGGUUAGGACUACUUAACCUCUAUUCCCACUCCCCUGCAAACGGGGGAUUGUGGGAAGUGAGCAGCCAUUUCCCUGUGUCAUUUUUUUUUUUUUUUCUCUGAUUCACUUUGCCAUGUUUCCUUCACAUCCAGAUCCCUGUCGAUGUUAGUUCCACUUUUGGUCUUUCACGCUCCCCUUGCCUGUGGAACAUUGUCUGGUCCUAGCUGUGGUUCCCAUUGUUCCCCCUUCACUCUUCUCUGUUAACCUUCUGCCUGUCUCCUGUAUGAUCACGUCACCAAAAAGGGGGAGGGGGGAGAAGACUCUUUUUUUUUUUGGCCAUUUUGUAAUCGUAUAAAAAUAGUAGACAACUGCUUAAUGGUUGGGGUUUUUUCACAAUUUUCAACAUGAGUGAUUUUUUUUUUCUGUUUGCAAGUUAAAGGGUUUGUCAUUGUUUCUUUAAAAAAAAAUACAAUAAUGCACCAUAUCCCUAUGCAUAAAGUGCUUCUUCUAUUUAUAAGGUUGAAAAUUCUGAAUAACCCUUUUAGCAUUGAAAAAAAAAAAACAAAAACAAAAAAUGAAAAAAAAAAACCUUGUAUUUUGUAAAUAUUUUCUUUUCCUGCUUUGGAGCUGUGUAAUGGCAGCGAAACAUGUAGCUGUCUUUGUUCUAUAGAAAUGCUUUUCUUCAGAGAAGCUGAUCUUUGUUAAUGUCUUGAUUCUGUUCGCAAAGCACAGACUAGUGCUUAAAAAAAAAAAAGAAGGAAAAAUUGAAAAAAAUAAAAAAAAAAGUUACAGAA